UGACAGGCAACCAAGAUAGAAAGAGCUAAAAUAAAGUGCCUGUGUAAAGACCCCACGAGAGAUUUUUACACAUGGGAUGUGGUCCCCACCGGAGAUGCCAAGCCUUUCACUUUUAUCGCUAAUGAUCCCCUCUGAUCUUUGACGUGUUGACUCAGAAGACCUGAGUAGUCUGCUUUUAAAGUCCGUCCCUUCACGAACAGAAGAGUUGUCCUUCAAGAAGCUUCGAGAUGUCAGAGCUGAGCUCGAAAAAACAAGGAUUUAAAAAAUGCCGGAGUGCCACAUUCAGCAUCGACGGUUACAGCUUCACCAUUGUGGCGAAUGAAGCUGGAGAGAGCAGUUCGAGACCUCUGGCACGCUUUGCACGUUCCAAGUCCCAGAAUGCUUUGUGGAAUGCCAUCACAGCAGGCAUCGGGAUCAAGGAUAAGGAUAAGCGCGGGAUCGUGAUUGACCCGAGAAGUCCCGAGGAGAUUCUGGCAGAUGACCUGCCCGCUAUCGACACUCCUGAUGCCAUGGAGAAGACCGCCAUCAGGUUGAGAUGUUUGGUAAAACAGCUGGAAAGAGGCGAGGCUUCUGUCGUCGACCUGAAGAAAAAUUUAGAAUAUGCCGCUUCUGUUUUAGAGUCUGUCUACAUAGAAGAGACGAGGCGGUUGGUGGACACAGAAGAUGAGCUGAGUGACAUUCAGUCUGACUCCGUUCCCUCAGAGGUACGCGACUGGCUGGCGUCGACUUUCACGCGUCAGAUGGGGCUGAUGCUGAGACGGUCAGAGGAGAAACCUAGAUUUCGAAGCAUCGUGCACGCGGUGCAGGCUGGGAUAUUUGUGGAAAGGAUGUACAGACGGACCUCCAACAUGGUGGGUUUGAGCUAUCCGCCCAGCGUGAUCACAGCCUUGAAGCAUGUAGAUACAUGGUCAUUUGAUGUCUUCACACUGAAUGAUGCCAGCGGAGAACAUGCACUGAAAUUUAUUUUUUACGAACUUCUCACCAGAUACGACUUAAUCAAUCGCUUUAAGAUACCCGUUUCUGCUCUGGUGUCUUUUGUGGAGGCUUUGGAGGUGGGAUACACCAAAUUUAAGAACCCUUACCACAACCUUAUCCACGCCGCAGAUGUCACCCAGACGGUUCAUUAUCUUCUGCUCAAGACUGGCAUGGUGCACUGGUUGACCGAAUUAGAAAUCUUCGCCAUGCUGUUUGCCGCAGCUGUGCACGAUUAUGAACACACCGGUACCACCAACAACUUCCACAUUCAGACCAGGUCAGACUCCGCCAUACUGUACAACGACCGUGCCGUUCAGGAGAAUCACCAUGUGAGUGCCGCAUAUCGCCUCCUGCAGGACGAUGACGAAAUGAACAUCCUCUACAACUUGUCCAAAGACGACUGGAGGGAUUUUCGUACCUUGGUGGUUGAAAUGGUCCUGGCCACGGACAUGUCCUGCCACUUCCAACAGAUCAAAGCCAUGAAAAACUUCCUCCAGCAGCCAGAAGCGAUCGAUAAACCUAAGGCCUUAUCUCUGUUACUGCACACGGCUGACAUAAGCCACCCGGCCAAAAACUGGAACAUGCAUCACCGCUGGACCACGUCGCUGCUGGAGGAGUUCUUCAGACAGGGCGAUAAAGAAGCAGAACUCGGACUUUCCUUCUCCCCCCUGUGUGACCGCAAGUCCACCAUGGUUGCUCAGUCUCAGAUCGGCUUCAUUGAUUUUAUCGUCGAGCCGACGUUCACCGUUCUCACAGACAUGAUAGAGAAAAUCGUAGCCCCGCUGGUUGAGGAAUCUUCACACACCGGUCUCGCUGGAUUCAGACGCUCCAGUCUGAAUAACAUCCCAUCAGACAGCAAACGGUCUGGUAUUAGAUGCACGGGUUCGGAGGGCGGCACUUCCCCCAACUGUUCGGUAAACACUUUCGACUUCAAGUCAUUCAGGAGCACUUGGAAUGAGGAGGUGCACAAAAACCGAGAAACAUGGAAAGCACAAGCUGCUAAAGAUCUAGAAGAGAAGGCCAAACAGGAUGAAAUCGAGGAGAAACAGAAGAAAAACAAUCCGGCAGAGAGCAGUGACACUUCCGAAAAAGGCAAUAAUACCAAAACACAAGACAAAAACAACACAGACCCAUCUGAGAAAUUACAGGACAAGAGCAAGAAAGACACAAGGCAAGACAAAGUCACCAAUGAAAAUGAUUCAAAGACUCGAGAUGAGUCAGGCAAAGCUACCGUAGAUGACACAAAACCCACAGAGCUGCAGCCCAGAGACCAAGAGGGCAAUAAAGAUCCAGGAGGGGGAACAGAGGCCCAAACAUCAGGAUCUGAUGCCAAAGAGCCCGGGACCAGCAGCGACACAGACAUCAGCCAGCGAGCACAGAUCGGGAACGAAGACCUGAACUCACCUGACAGUGACGACAGUGAAAGCAAGAAAUCGGACUCAGAAGAGGAGCGCAGUAACAGCAGGAACUCACCAGCUACACUGGCAAACAUUGCAGCCGCAGCGUCUGCGUCUGCGCCCGAUGCAGACUAGCAACUCCAAACCCUGAUCUGUGCUGUCCCCUGGUGGCUACUUUGGUUUAUUACUCAUCUGUUUUAUUUUUCCUCUUGUGUCUUUCUCCAACGGUCCUGUUUUUCUUACAUUCAUUUGCGUAUGGACAUAUGACUUGGAUCAGUCACUUUAGCUUUCACGCAAAUGGACAUCAUGCACUCUAUGACAAUGUAUGUGGCCACGUGGAGAUGAAAUCUUCUCCCCAAGGACAGCACAACAUCUGCCGACCGCUUAAGUUCCAAACCUCCCCAAAUGGCAGACGGAGAUACAAAAGAAACUCAGUUCCUUUAGAAUACAAUGGGCUGUCAAUACAGCAUCCAAAGAAUGUUGGUUUGUUUACCUCUUAUUUUUAUCAUUUAUAUUCUUGUUUAUUUACAGUUUAACACUAUUGGUUUCAUUGUUUUUGUCACAUGUAUGAUACUGUACAGGUUUCAUUGUGUGUCUGUGUGCAUUCUGUACAUACGCCAAUACGGAGCUUCUCAAAAAGCGAACGAGGGUUCGAAUUAUAGUCCAUCAUUUUUUGCCAAUAUACUUUGCCAAUGUCACUUUGACCACUGAUAACUCAACCAAUUCACAUAGUUUUUGCAGUCCAGAAAUGAUUCAUUAGUUUCGGUAAGUGAUUUGCACAACAUAUUUUAGCUGACUAUUGUACUAUUAUAAGGAUCGAAGAAAAAUGCAUAUACAUCGGGGAAACUAAGUUUUUGACACAUCAGUAAGGGGAUUUGUGUGGAAAAAUGGGCCAGAAUCACUACUGAGCAAUGCAGACGACCAGUCUCUCCAUACAAGAGGUGUCUAGAAGCUGUAAUCACCAACAAAGACUUUUCUUCAAAGUAUUAAAUAAAGUGUGUUUAAUACUUGUUCCCUGUGUCAUUUCACUUAUUAUGACUCAACUUGUAUACUUAAAUGUUCUGAUUUCUUUGUAUGAAUUCAAUAUUUGGCUUGAUGGCUGGAAAUUUUAUGUCAAUAGCCCACUUAGAAAUAUCCUUACUGAUAAAAAUGCUGAUGUGUCAAAUACUUAUUUUCCCCGCUGUAUAUAAAUAUUUGAAAUGUCAUAGUUAUGAGCCAAACUUGAUAGGCCAACUCGGCUUUGUCUCAAGCCUGACAUUGUUGGCAUGUUAAAAUGUAGUACAUGUACUUAUUUUGACACUAGGUCGUAUGUUGAAUUUUCUUCUAUUUUUGUAUUUAAUGUAUAUAAAAGAUUACAUUAUUUAUGAAGUGUCGUUUAUAAAGAUUGUGAUUUUUUUUAAUAUUUGGUAUGAACAAUGAACAAUAUAGGCUACUUUUAGGGAGACGUAUUAUGAUACAGGUUGAUUUUUUGCUUUUCAAUUUGGUGAAUUACAAAAAAGGCCAGUUUUAGCAUAGACAAUUUUUUUCUGUGAUUUGUUUUUGUUAAUUGUGUAAAGUAAGAUUUACUCUUAGGGACCCAUGUCCUACCGAGGUAUUAGUGUCUCAAACUGCUUGACUGAAUAUGAGAUUGUAUCUGCCUUAAUGAGCUUUAGACUCUGUGGCGUUUAUGUGUGUACACAUUUGUUAUUAUAGGAGACACUAAGUUUGAUACAGGAAUUGUAAAUUGUAGUAAACAAAAAUGUCAAAGGCCUCCUCCUUGUAAAUAGGCUGUUAGAAAUAACCAACACGGUCCUUGUGUAAAUGUGUCUGUUGCCUCAACCAAAGAUGAUUAUAAUGUUUGUUCAUCAUUUUAGUGGAGGUCACAAAUGUUGUUUUUAUGAUAAGAAGAAAGAAUGAAAAAAUGCAUUGUUGCCUUAAAACUAUUAUUCAUUUAUGAUCAUUGUGAAUUAGUCACCUAUAGAAUAUUAUUGAUUUGUUUUAUUGUCCUUUCCUUACUGUAAUGGGUCAAACAUUUAGCUAAUAAUUUUUUUAUUUUAAGUCAAAAGUUUUCUCCAAAUGUUCAAAUCUCAAUUUGUUUUACUGGAAAUGCUCAAGUUUCUACUUGUGUGUCUCUGCAGGUGGUUUUGCUCAUUUGUGCAUGUGAUUUUUUUUUUAUAAAUUGAUAAUUUUCCACCAGCAGAAGAGAAAGUUGGCGACUGUGAAUUUCCUCUGUACAUUCAAAGUAUACUGUGGUAUUAUUAUUAUUUUGGUUGUGUGUGUGUGUGUGUGUUUUUAAGAUUGCCUCCGAUACCUUUGACGGUUUAGCUAGUCCUCUUUCAAAGGCAUGUUUGGACCCAGAAUGUGAGAUCCUGUAGAUGUAAUGCUGUACAUUUAUAGAGAAUCGAAGCUGAGAAGCGUAAAUAUGGCACAGUGGGAUACUGCCUUAAUGUGUCUGUUUAUAGUCCUGCUUUGUAGUAACUUGUUAUGUGUUCAACUCAGUCCAGUACAUGUACGUGUUUGUCAGACAACCUUCAUGUUUUUGUCAAAAAAAAAAAAAAUGUGUUUGUUUAAAA